CACCACCGCUGACACCCACAACCGCGUUCUGCAAAAGCAACCCGCUGCAUCUACCUAGCACCUAGUAUCCUCCUGCCGGACGUCUCUGUCGAUACAACUACCCUCGCUCCUAACGAAACCCCAACCCAAAGCGACCGUGGCAACCCAGAACAAUGGCAAUCAUUUCCCCCAGUUUACAUAGCAGUAGUAGUAGUAAUCCUCAUGGGAAUUACUACGAAAUCAGCUCCAAUAUUCGCGCUAGCUGUUAUGCUGUGAAUACCUCCACGGCGGCAAUCCAGGGCUUCCAUUACUCCACUACGGGGGCUGGCGGGGUCGAUUGGCGUUCCUGAGGAGAGCUCGGGAAUGCCUUCCCCUCCACUGAGUCCCCCCCUCUCCGCCAGACACACUUCCGCCGCCAAGUCGAUAUCGGGCGAAAGGGCGCACGGAGGGGGGGCUGCAUACACCAUUACGGAAGAGUGUGAGAGACUCUUCUGCGAGACACUGCGGGCUGUUUUUCUAGGUGAGGGAAACUUGGCUCGUCAGGACUCGCUUGUGCUGGGUGUGCAAAAUCAAUAUUCAAAUACCAAUAUCAACGACUAUGGGGUUCAUGUACGUCGCCAUACGGAUACAAAGGAUGAAACUAUUACGGGGCUGGAUCUGUUUGAGGAAAAGAGGGGCUUGGUUGGCGAGUGGAUCGAGAUUUGGGACUAUGUUGGAGGGAAUAAGUUCCGAGGCUUUGUUGCCGAGAAGGAUGGGAGCAGCGAGAGGACUAUGUUCGUCUUUUUCGAUGGCAGUGUCAUUGGCGGCGAUCUCAAAGCUGGCCUGAUGGCCCUCCUUGAACUCUGCGACAUACCCUACUUUUCCUGCUCCCACCUUGUCGCUUGUCUCGACCGUCACACCGACCCCCGACCUCUGGACGCCCUAACCAAGGACCUUGGUUGGAUAGGCUUCCAGCUCACUACACUAAACGACUUCACGAGUGGGGACGAUAUCACCAGCAAUCAGUGGCUUUUCAUGGAUAUGGAUGUAUAGGCCGCUUCUUCUCCGACUUGCUUUCGAUUUUUCUCUAUUCGAUCAUUUCCUAUUCUAGUUUCCUCUCCUGCGUGGAGGGCCUUUGAAUCGUGAUAUAUCAAGUUAGUAAGGCUGGCGUCAAGAGUUCUAGUCAUACCUGCAUACAUUUUGCUGGUGUAAAUUGCGCAUCUUGUAAUGUGCAGGUCAUUACUUUCAGUGCCUGCUAACUUAAUCCUCUUGUACCUAUGACACUUAUCUGAGAAAGGAUAACCAAUACCGGCUCAAGUAGAUAGUUUUAUGCGAGGCAUUAUUAUCCAAA